AUGAAUCCUGUUGACCAUGUGGCCAGGGUGAUUGCCGCCAUCGCAGCCUCGCCCGAGUCGCUCUUCAAGUUUGUGUUUCAUGUCAGCAACUCGGACAAUAGCACCCUCGCCGAGAAGAAACUGUUCGAGCUCGUCAAUGCCUAUGGCUGGCCCGUUCUCUUCGAGACCCGCGAAGUCUUCCUAACCAUUCUCCAGAACAACCCAUCGCCCGAGAGCAAUGCCCUGUUCCCACUCAUGCACAUGAUGAUGGACAUGUCCUUCAGGGUCGAAAGCAAAAACACCCAGUCGAUCUAUCCGGCUCCGAGUGCCCCGGCUGUCGAAGUGGCUGCAAAGUGCCUCGUCUACCUCUUCCGCGCGGGAUUCUUGCCUCGCCCCAUCAAUCCACCCACGCCCCUCAAGGAGGAGGAGUACCCCGAGGUCAGCAUCUUUGGUCGCACCGGCCGUCACUGAGGUCCUCCAACGGUCUCUCGCACUGCCCUUUCCAAGGAAUAUCCAAGCAUCUUGAAGUGUUUUUGAAAGUCGCCUCGAAUUGGGCUGCUGCGAG